GCACUCAUCGUCUCAAAUGAACACUGUGGACGGAUGGGCGCAGGACCGCCUAUCGGCGUUGAUGGGCCUAGACGGGGAAGAACUGCAGCAAAUCACGGCGUACUUGUUGCAAAUUACUUCCCCUGAAGCGGUAGUCGAAUUUCUAACUGGCAUGCUGGGCGACUCAUCGCCUGCGGUGCUGUUUAUUCAAGAGUUCAAUACAAGACGGUUUCCCCCUGUGGUUACGAAAGGGGCCUGGACGGCACCGCUGAAAACCACUGACGCUCAGUAGGCUUCAACUCCUAGUAAAAACGGAUCGCCCGCACAACUCAAGAAGCAUUUCAAGGAUGAACAAAAUGUGUACAGAAAACCUGAUAUGGAAGAGGACUAUUUCAAGGGAACCAGGGGAUCGAAAACAUCGAGUGCACCUUCUCCGAAAGCACCAUCGCGUCCUUUGGAGGGAGAAUUGUUGAGCGACAAACUAUCGUCAGUGAAGAUUGACGAUCGGUCCACACAAGCACCAAAGUAUAAACAAAAGAAGGGAAAGAAGGAACGAAUGAAUGUAGCUGCAGCCGCAGCCACCCUGGAUAGUCUGGAUGGAAUGGUGAAAGUCGGAAAUGCCCCUCCUGGAUUUGGCGGUCGUGUGGUCUGUGAAUGCUUAGCUGCAACCCAUGGACUGAUUACGAACUGUUUGACAUGUGGGAAAGUGAUAUGCCGAUUGGAAGGGGAAGGACCUUGUCCCUGCUGCGGAACUCCUGUUUACUCUAAACAGCAACAGGUCACACUUGUCCAGGAAAGGAAGAGCAAGGGUGUUCCUACUCGUUCGUCCAAAGUAGGGAGGGGUAGAGAUGCCUAUGUAGGUGCGCGAUACGGACAGGCAGCUGGUGCUCAGGUGCCUUCUGCUGCGUCGAUUGCGAGGACACCCAAUGGCGCCGAUCAGUCUCAGUUCCCGACUCUCAUGACGGAAAAGGAUCAACAGGCGUUAGCGCGCGCCGAAGCCCAGAUGGAAAAACUGUUGGAUUUCCAACGGAAUAGCACUGCAAGAACGAGAGUUCAUGACCAAGCAAGUGACUUCAACUACGAUGAAGAUGCAUCGAACAAGUGGCUCAGUGCCGAAGAGCGUGCCUUAGCCUUGAAGAAAGCGCAAGAACAGCGUAGACUCGAGGAGGAGCAGAAACGACGACGAGUGAUUACGCUGGAUCUCGUCAACAAGCGCGUUAUCGAUUCAACCCCCAAACCACCCAUUUCACAGGUUCACAAAAUUGUAGAGACGCAACCCCCACGCCCCGCGUCACCACCCCAGGAUCCAGGCUCCAGCGGUCAAUUCCGCAAUCCAACACUGAAAACCGCUCCACCGGUAUAUGUGCCGGUAAAGCCAGGCACUGUGGAGCGCACGGCAAAAAUACCGAUGCAACGACGAGCAGCCGAAGCAAGGUUCUCGAAAGAUGAACUGAUAGAUGCGGACAGCGCAAGGGGUGAACAGAACACAGCUGGCGCAAGACCUCGACGAAAGCCUCGCGCAAAGGGGACAUCGAAAAAGAACCGAUGGAAACCUCAGCUUCGCAUACAACACGACAUGGAAGGAGGCGAUGGGUGGACACAGGAAUUGCGCGGAGAGUUUGAAUUUGACGAAUAUGCAGCUGAAGGAGGCGGCGGGUACACAGAUGAGCCUGAGUGCGGUUGAAAGGAAGAAGUCCCAAAUUUUCUGAUUAAUGUGUUUAAAUGUACAUAAUGCAAGAUCCGGUCACCCUUUUAAAGUUACA